AAUGGAUGAAAGAGGAGAGUUUUUUUUAGUUCGUGUUUUUCUCUCCGCCAAGUUGGACGUUUUCUCGUGAUUUUGUUGCAUUUUUCACCCCUUUUCGGGGCUUCUGCCACCCCAAAAAUGUUUCCUACACCCCAAUAGUGUGCCCCCAUUGAUUGCCGUGUGAUUUCCGGGAAUUUUCAGUGUGAAAAUUGUGCGAAAACUCUCAGUUGACAUUGGACACACCUGUUGAUUUCACUUUCUCAUUGCAGCAGACGCGUUUUUCGCGGUGAUUUUCACGUUUUUCCUUCGUGCCGGGAGUACUUUUCGCGUGACUCGAAAGGUGUACGAAACCCCAGUAGUGCCGGUUGUGUGCGCGUGACACGACAGAGGGGUGUUGUGUGGGGGAAAAGUGGUGUGAUUUGUGUGUAAACAAAGCUCAAAAGUAUAGAGAAGUUCAUUCACAAAACAGGGGCUCUCAUUGAUGGAUUAGCAGUUUACGGGGCUCCACAGGUUGAAAUGGAGGCUCCGGCAGUUUUUAUCGACGAACGGCAAGAUGUGCAAAAGAAAACCUUUACAAAGUGGAUAAAUGCGCACUUGUCCAAGACAACAUGCCCACCAGUUGGGGAUUUAUUUGUUGAUCUCCGGGAUGGGCAUCGACUCCUCACGCUCCUGGAGGUACUCACGGGGGAGCGGUUGAAGCGCGAAAAGGGUCGUAUGCGGGUACAUCACAUAAAUAACAUCAAUACCGCCCUGACGGUGCUGCAGAGGAGCGGUGUGAAGUUGGUGAACAUCAGUAGUGAUGACAUUGCAGCGGGCAGUGCUAAAUUGACGCUGGGUCUCAUUUGGGCCAUUGCCUUGUGCUUCGAUGGGCAGAAGCUAGUCAAUUCGCAGGGGGUGAGUGGGAUUGAGAAGAGUCUCCUCCUGUGGGCGCGGAAGUACACAGAACCGCAUGGACUGAAAAUUGGGGACUUCUCGGCAAGUUGGUCCGAUGGACGUGCUUUCCUCUACAUUCUGCACGAGCACGUGCCGAAAUUCGAUCUCGAGCGAUCCGUGAGGCAGCAUCCAAUGGCAAGACUGAGAAUGGCGUUCGAUUUGGCGAGUCGCUACUUGAACAUCGAUCAACUCUUAGAUCCCGAAGAUGUGAACACAAACAAGCCGGACAAAAAGUCAAUUCUCAUGUAUGUGAUGUAUUUAUAUCAUGCCAUUGAGAACCUCCGCAGUGUGGAGGAUUUGAGUGAGAAUCAGAGUCUUUUGGUGCAACAGAGUGAGAGUAUGGAUGAGAUACAGUUGCUGGAUGAGACCAAAGUUGAGGAGAUUCUCGAUGGGAAUCAACUUGGGAGGCAGGAAGUUGGUGGUGUGGAGGACGCAUCAUCAGUUGGGGCACAUCAUGUGGGUAAUCUUACGGCUCUCGAUGAGAUUUCCUUGGCAAAGAGUGCUGAUGAUCUCAGUAGAUUGCCCAGUGUGAGUGUUAAACGAAUUGUGACGGAGAGUUUGAGUACGUCGAGGGGGCGUCAGGAAGAGGAAGUGAUGCACGAGGAGGAAUUGAAGGCUCCAGAAGUGAGAUCAAGGCCCGUUUCAACGGCAACAAAUGCCUCAAUUGACAUUGGAACGUAUCAAACGGCCGUGGAGGAAGUUCUGACGGUUUUGCUAGAGGCUGAAGAAGUUCUGGGGAGAGAUUUAUCGCAAUCUGUGGAUUUACCCGAAGCAAGGAAGCAAUUUCUUGAGUAUCAGGACUUUAUGAAGAAGCUCUCAGUUCAGCAGAAUUUUGUCGGUGCAGCCCUGGAGGAGGGAGCAAGGUUGAUUACGGAAUCGCAAAAUUUGGGUGCCAAAGGAUUGACACAGGAAGAGCAGGAGGAAGUUCGCCAGCAGAUGCGAUUGCUCAAUAAACGCUGGAAUUCCGUGAGAGAUCGUGCGGAAUUUAUGCAAGGGAAGGUGCACGAUCAAUUGACGGAAUUGCAGGCGAAUAAAAUUGAGGAGUUGAGGAUAUUCCUGACAAACACAGAGGAUCGAAUAUCGCGUUUCCGGGAGGUGGGACCGAGUCAGGAGGAUCUAAAGGAGCAAUUUGAGGAGCAUAAGAAAUUCCAACGUGAUCUGGAGGAGCAGCAAAAGCUGGUGGAUAGUUUGAGUAAUCUCGUGGUGAUUGUGGAGGAUGAACCGGAGAAUUCGAGUGAUUUGGAGGAUAAAUUGGCUGCCUUGGGGGAGCGAUGGUCCCACGUGCUCAAAUGGACUUCAACGCGCUGGGAGAAGUUGCAGGAAUUGAGCAAUCAAUGGACAAAAUUAACGGAUAACUAUCGCAUCCUUAUACGCUGGAUGGAUGCCCGGGAGAGGGAUUUGAAGUCAAUGGAAGGCAGGGAAGUUACGGAAAUUGGGGGUGUUGUGAUGAGGAUGAAGGAACUGCGGUAUGGUGAGCAGGAUUUGCAGAUCUUCGCGAAGCACCUCCAGGAGUUGGAAGUUGUGGCAAAUGCCCUCAAUGCGGACAUUGUGGAGAAUCUGGAGAAUCUCAAUGAUCGCUGUGAGGCUCUCAAGCAAAUUCUGGAAGUUCAACAAAUGCGGAUUGAGAGUAUGGGCUUCCAGUUUCCCAUCUAUUCCAAUGAGGUAAUUGAAAAGCCUCUAAGUUGGGAGGAUUUCCAAGAGAUGAUAAAUCACGAUGAGAAGAUGGACAUUGGGGAGGAACGAGAGAUCAUUAAGGAUGAAGCGGCGGAAGUGGAUGAUUCGCCGCAAGAGAAAAAGAAGCGGAAGCUCCAUAAAACGGAGCGUGUGCUGGAAUUGGAGGGAAAACUCAUUGAAAUGUUGAAUUUUAUUGAUCAAUUUGAGGAGAGUACGAAAUUCCUCGUUGGGAUGGAGCUCAAACGUCGCACGAGCUUCCUCAAUAAUCUCGAUGAGGAGCUAAAGGUGAAGAUUGAGCAGUACGCGGAGGUGAAGGAACUUCUCGAUGCGUGUAAGACGGAGAUGACAGUGUCGGAUUUGGAGCUGGAGGAGAGGAAGUUGAUGGAGAUUGGCUCAAAGUAUGAUGAGUUUGUGUUUAAGCUGGAAGAUCUUACGGGGCAGGUGAAGAAUGAUGCAAAUCGGGAGAAAUAUCACAAAAUUCUCACAGGGCUGAAGCUUGUACUGGCUGAUUCGAGGGAUUGGUUCAAGCAGCACGCUGGAAAGGCAUCCCGGGAGGAGUUGGAACAACGCUUGAGUGACAUGGAGUCCCUCAAUCCGGAGAUCAGUGAAGCCCGGACAUUGAGUGUGGGUGAGCUGAAGGAAUGGAAGGUGGAAUUUGAUCAAUUCAGUGAAAGUUGGUCAGAUCUCAAGAGAGCCAUUCAGCGUCUUGUGCAGGAAAUGGGUGGAGCGGAGGAUUUAUCGGAGGAAAAGGAAAAACUCCUGAGUGUCAUUGAGGCAUCCGACGAGGUAACUGCCCUCAAUGAUACACCCCAAAUAAUGAUGGAAAAUCUCAAGAAGCUCAAUGAUUUACUCGGGAAAUUCGAGGAAAUGCACGAACUCUUUGAGUAUUUCUGCGAAAAUGCCGAUCCUCAGGAGGCUUCCUCACUCUCCGCAGCAUGGAAGAAGAUCCCGAGUGCUGUGAAUGAGAAGAUAAUUAAGCAAAAUACAGCAAUUGAAAAUCACAAUCACUUCCAGCGAGAAAUGGAUAAUAUUCAGGGACAAAUGGAGAAGAUUGAGCGACUCCUGCGGGAGGAUGUCUUCAUCCUCGGGGAGCACAAGAUGCUGAAGAAGAAAAGUGAGGAGUACGAGGUGCAUGCCAUUGAGAUUAAAAAGAUGGAAAUUGACUUGAUAAGCGUAAAGAAUUUCAGUGAGAUCAUCGUGAAGUCAAGUCAGAAGCCCCAUGCUGAACACAUGGUGCAGCAAAUUCACCAACUCAGUGAACGCUACACGAAUCUCAUUGAUCUCUUCCACGGUAAUUCCCGGAAACUCAAUCAGACACUCUCACAAACAGAGAAUAUCGUGACACGUGUGCGUGAUAUGGAAUUCUGGUUGAAUGACUUGCAAAUGAAUACGCCAAAGAAUGAAAAUUGCGAAAUUUCGAAUUCAAAUGAGCUCUUCCAGAUUAAACUGAAGUUUCAGAGUCUCAAGGAGACGUGUGAGCAGGAGACAGUUAAAUUCCGCGAGCUCAUUGAAGCGGGGAAUGAGAUUCUAAUUCAGGUGGAUGAUUUAGUGCAACAGCGAACGGACAGCAAAGUCUCGUAUCUGGCGAAGAAGUUUACAAAACUCAAUGCAAGAUGGAAUGAGGUGACAUCACUCGUGUACACACGAACAGCUCUCCUUGAGCACAUCUCCAGUCAAUUGGGGGACUUUAAGACGCUCAUUGUGCAGGAGCAUGGAUACCUGGACAAGGUGGAGAAGCUCCUGCGGAAGAGUCCUGAAAGUGCAGCAGAUGCAGAAGAAAUCUCCGAGGAAUUGGAUGAUCUCGAGAAUUGCAUAAGAAAUCACUCAGAGGAACGUCUGGAGAAGAUUCAGGAGAUUGGCAAUGAAUUGGUGGAUUUGCAGUUUAUGGCUCAAACAAUCACAGAUGAUGUUCGUGCUGUUGUCGAUCGAUGGAAUCUUCUGCAGCAUCAGGCAGAACAGCGUGGCAAGAUGCUGGAACAGGCUGUAAAUGAGGCACAAACGAGUGAGGGCAGAGUCUCAAAUUUGCAGCUUUGGAUUUUUAAAGUUGAUGAAAUCCUGACGGAGCACAUUGAGAAUGAUAUCACAAUGGAGGAUCUACCGCAUGAUUUUCAGCGCUUAAUUGAGGAAUUCCAGAAUAAUGAGAAAGCUCUGCAGGAAAUGAAGGAGCAAGUUAUGAUUUAUCAGAAGAAUAAUAAAGUCGAAGCGUCGAAGAGGUUGCAGGAGCAAGUUGAUUUGCUCGAAGAUCGUUUCCAGCUGUGUCGGGCAAAAUUGGAGAAAUUCACAUCACCCCAAUCGGGCUUUGAGUCACGCCUCAAUCGAGCUAUGGGGGAGCUGAGGAAUGUCGAAAGGAGCUCAAUUGUGCUCGAUGUGUCUUCGGCGAGUCCCAAUAAUGUUGAGGAUCAACUCCAGCACUGCCUGAAGAUGUACAGAGUGCUGUCGGAAGUGAAGGGUGAGACGGAGAAUGUGAUAAAGACUGGGAGGAAGAUUUGUGAUGAUCCAACGACGAAGAAUCCAAAGAAAUUGUCACAGAGAAUUGAUGCUCUAAAGCAUCUCUAUAAUGCCCUUGGGGAGAAUGUGACAGAGUCCAAGAAGCAGCUGGAGGUUCUUCUGAAGCUCUCAAAAGAGCUAAAUGAGAAUUUCCGAACAGUCGAAAUGUUUCUCGUGCACAAACGCAAAGGGGCGGAAAGUGAAGAUGAAGUGAAGCUGGAAGAGGGAAAGAAUCAUGCAGAGGAAGCUCUGGGAAGAUGUCGAGAAAUUCUUGAAGAAUACUCGGAGAUCUGUGAGCCAGUUUAUCUGGAAGAUGUGCGUGAUCGCAUUGAUAAUCUCACGGGGAGAUUUAAUCAGCUUAAUUUUGGGGAUGCUGAUGAGGUUAAAGUGUUAAACGAAAUGAAGAUGACUCUUCAAAAUAUGGACAAUAUUUCUGCUGAGUCUCUCAAAACAAUGGCACAAGAUUUGGAGAGAAUGCCCCUGAGAAAUGACGACGUUCGAAGGCUACAUUCCCACGUGAAGAAGAUUGUCCAGGAGGCAAUUGAGGGAGGAACAUCCGUGGCUGAUGAGGAAGAGGAAAAGGAAAAGCUGGUGGAAAAGGAAGAUCAGGAUGUUCGAAUGGAGGAUGAUGAGACGGAAAUUGUCGUUGUGAGUGAUACAGUGAGGCAACGACGUGCUCGAACACCGAGUUCUAAUGUCGAUAGCACUGAGCUCAAGGAAUUCCCAUUGACGGGAGAUGGGAAUUCCAAUGGGGAUGGGGGUCAGAGCACAGUUAUGCCUGAUCUUCUGCCCAAAACAUUCCAUUUGGCUGAAACAAGUUCACUUUUCAGUCAUAUUUCGCAGAAAGGAAAUGAUUCGAGGCUACUCACUGAGGAGGAGGAUGAACGUGGGAAACGUGGUCAUGAUGAUUUCUCCGUUGUGGAGAUCCGGGAGACAAACACCACGCCCAAGAUGAAGGUGAAGAAUGUCCAUUUAUCCCUGACAGAGGAGGGAGAUGCACCAAAGCUAAAAGUCGGACAAAUUGUGCUUGAAAGUGUUGAUGCUUUUGAGCCUGAAUUUGUGGAGACUGUGAAUAUUGUGGAUGCUUCGGAGGAUACCUCCGAUACGGACACAUGCUCAACGCCCCAGCUAAGCAAUAGAAGUCGCGGAAAUCUCAGCUGCCUCGAUGAACUCGAGCGAGAACUGGAGAACUACAACACAUCGAGUGAUGUGGAAUUCCGUGAUAUUGAUCGUGAAGUGAUACGAAUUGAGAAGCAACGAAUCUCUUUCGAGGAACGCCGGGAGAAUCUUGAGGACAAAGAGAGGGACAUUCUGCGGGAUUCAGAGGUGGGAUUCGUGAAGAAGCCACCACGAAAAAUUCGUCCAAAUCUCCGGGAUAUUCUCACGCAACCCGAAAGAGAUAGUUUCUAUGCGUCCGACAAGGAGAACUUCGAUGAACCUCUUGUAUUCAGUGAAGAUGAAGACAUUCCACGUUUUUCCAAAGAGAUGGCUCCAGCAAAUGAUUCUGACAGUGAUACGGGUCGAAUUGAGACGCCGAAAAUUCAAAAGCCCGCCACGCGAUCAAAUAAAGUGCCAAACGACGAUGGGAGCCUGGAGCAGCGGGUGGGUGAAUUUGAGAAGACGGCAAAGUACAUGGUGAGAAAAUUGGAGGCGACAAGGCAGGAGAUUGAACGGUGCGACGAUGGAUUUGGUGCUGUGGAGCAUCUCAAGCAUUUAAUUGCACCAGAUGCUGCCACCCUCAUCUCCCAGGGUGAUAGUCUCGUGCUGGAGACGCACGGCAAAGCGGGGGAGCUGUCGCAGCGUGUUAUGGCGACUCAGGGGCAGCUCCGGGAGAAAUUCCGCGAGGUGCAGCAUGCAAAGAUGGCGAAGCUUUCAUCGAGUUCCGAUGGGGAGGCAACAGCGGGUGGGGAGAAGAAGCCCGUGAGGAAGAUGUCUGCUGAAUUGGUGAGCUCUGAGACAGCCAGACAGAGGCAAUUGAGUAAGGAUCUUACGGAAAUUGAGGAUAUUGUGAAUAAAGUGUUGCAACGAACACGAGAUCUCAUUGAGAAGCCCCUCAAUGAUUCUUCAGCCGAUGAGCUCUCCAAACGCAUCCUGGACAUUCGUGAGCGUCAAGAGGACCUAAAGUUGGCCAUUGAGAUUGCAUCGCAGGCAAAUCCGUGCCCAAAGACUCAAAUUACAAUGGAGUCCCUGCAGAAGGCAAAGACAGACCUCUCGUCGCACUGCGAUGCUGUCGUCGUCACCCUGGCGAGUCUCAAUCGCACCAGCGGAUCUGCCGAAGCUGGGAAUGGAUCUCGAGAUGCGGGGGAUAAGUCUGGGCUGGAAAAUGGGAGGACGCCAUCUCGAGAGAGUACACCGAAGCGUAGAGAUUCAUCCGAACCCUACAUCCCUGGGUCGUUUACCGCGAAAGCGAGGGCCAAAGCUCUCGGAGCUGGAGCUUCUCUUGCAUCAAGCUUCGAUACAUCCAUCCUUCAGAUAUCUGAUUGGUUGUCCGUCGAGAAAGACAUGCUCAAGACCCAGAGUGUCUUUGUUGGGGAUAUUGAUGCAAUUUUGAUAGCUAUCGAUAAGCAAAAGAAUGUUCUGAGAGAGUUGGAGUUCAAAAAACCCCAACUGGAUGAAUUAGUUCACACGGCGGAGGCACUAAAGACUGACGCAAAUCGUCUUCAGCUGCAGAAUAAAGUUACACGGCUGAGGGAGCACUGGGACGAAACAUCACAAUGCGUCUUGCAGAGAAAAUCUCAACUUGCAGCCAUGCUGGGUGAUUCUCAGAGGUACGAAGCAAAACGCUUGGAGAUUGAAGCUUGGAUGCAACGAAUGGAAAAUCGAGCUGAUAGAAUGGGGAGUGUAGCAACAACAGCUGAUGUCCUCGAUGCACAGCAGAAGGAGCAAAAGUCAUUCCACGCGGAAUUGCAUCAGUAUAAGCAUCAAAUUGAAUUAUUUAACCAACUCACGCAGAAAUUAAUCGCCGUCUACCCAACGGACGAUACAUCGCGUAUUAAACGUAUGACUGAAUCUGUGAACCUACGAUACAACAAUUUGAAUAAUGUGGUAAUAAAUCGUGGAAAACUUCUGCAUGCUGCUGUCCAUAAUUUACAAUCAUUCGAUAGGACCAUGGAUCAAUUCCUUGCUUGGCUGAGUGAACGCGAGAGUGAAGCUGAGACAAUCUGCGAGAAUGCUGAGCAGGAACCCCAUGUGCUAAAGGAUUUGCAAUCUGAAAUUGAAUCACAUCGAGUGGUUUAUGAUCGUUUGGACAAUACGGGGAGGAAGCUUCUUGGCUCCCUGACAUCCCAGGAGGAUGCUGUAAUGCUUCAGCGGCGCUUGGAUGAAAUGAAUCAACGAUGGAAUCAUCUCAAAGCCAAAAGCAUCGCCAUUCGGAAUCGUCUGGAAUCAAAUGCUGAACAUUGGAAUGCUCUUCUUCUUUCCCUGAGAGAGCUCACUGAGUGGGUGAUUAGGAAGGACACGGAGCUAUCUACCCUCGGUAUGGGUCCAGUUCGUGGCGAUGCAGCAAGUUUGCAGAAGCAGCUUGAUGACCACAAAGCGUUCCGCCGUCAGUUGGAGGAUAAGAGGCCGAUCGUGGAGAGCAAUUUGCUGAGUGGUAGACAGUAUGUGGCCAGUGAACCUCCUGUAUCGGAUACAAGUGACACAGAAGCUCUCGAUGGGGAUUCGAGGUAUUUGUCUGCCGAAGAACAGAGUAGGGAGCUAACACGGAGUAUUCGUCGGGAAGUGGCCAAGUUGUCUGAGCAGUGGAACAAUCUAAUUGAUCGAUCUGACCACUGGAAGCAUCGUCUCGACGAAUACAUGACGAAAAUGCGCCAAUUCCAGAAGACUUUGGAGGAUUUGAGCUCCCGUGUGGCAUCUGCAGAGACACUCACGUCUUCCUGGACACCACCACCAAAUGCUUCCGAGGCAGCUGAUCAAAUGCAACACCUGCAGCGACUGAGAGAUAAGAUGACCACAGCUGGUGCACUCCUGGAUGACUGCAAUGAGCAACAGGGCUUCUUCACGGUGAAUCACGUGGUGGUGCCAAAUCAAUGCCUGGCCAAACUUGAGGAUCUCAAUACGCGCAUGAAACUCCUGCAAAUUGCCAUGGAUGAACGGCAGAAGGUCCUAAAGGAUGCGGGAGCGAGUCAAAUGGGUGUGGAUUCGGAUGGGUCGCGUCAUUCGCAGAUGAAUAGUGGCACAAUUGGUCCCCUGCCCAAUUUGGGUGCAAGCGUCAAGGCGCCCUGGGAGCGUGCAACAACACCCGCCAAUGUGCCUUACUACAUCGACCAUGAACGGGAAACUACUCAUUGGGACCAUCCGGAGAUGAUUGAACUCAUGAAGUCACUGGCUGAGCUAAAUGAUGUCCGUUUCUCGGCAUAUCGUACUGCACUCAAGCUUAGAGCUGUCCAGAAGCGUCUUGCCCUGGAUCGCAUCCCAAUGUCCAUUGCCAUUGAAUCAUUCGAUCGGCAUGGCCUCCGGGCACAGAAUGACAAACUCAUAGACAUUCCCGACAUGACCACGGUCCUGCAUUCGCUCUUUGUGACUGUGGAUCAGGUGGAUUUGCCUCUAAUGCUGGACUUAGCCAUCAAUUGGAUCCUCAAUGUUUAUGAUUCCCAGCGAACGGGUCAGAUACGAGUGCUUAGCUUCAAGGUGGGAUUGAUUUUGCUGUGCAAGGGACAUUUGGAGGAGAAAUAUCGCUACCUGUUCCGCCUCAUUGCUGACCCCGAGCGGAAGGUGGAUCAGCGUAAAUUGGGACUUCUUCUGCACGACUGCAUUCAAGUGCCGCGUCAACUGGGUGAGGUUGCUGCAUUCGGGGGUAGCAACAUUGAGCCAUCAGUGCGAUCAUGCUUGGAGCGUGCGGGAAUUUCGCAGAAUGGUGCAGGAGAAACUCAGGAGAUUGCAAUUGAGGCUCAACACUUCCUCGGAUGGCUACAACAUGAACCACAGAGUCUCGUUUGGUUGCCCGUCCUACAUCGUCUGGCAGCAGCUGAGGGUGCAAAGCAUCAGGCAAAGUGCAACAUAUGCCGCGAAUACCCAAUAAUGGGCUUCCGGUAUCGUUGCCUCAAAUGCUUCAACUUUGACAUGUGCCAGAAAUGCUUCUUCCUCGGGAAGACCGCCAAGAAUCACAAGUUGAGUCAUCCAAUGCAGGAAUACUGCACAACAACCACCUCAACGGAGGAUGUGCGUGACUUCACGCGAGCAUUGAGGAAUAAAUUCAAGAGUCGCAAGUAUUUCAAGAAGCACCCACGUGUUGGCUACUUACCCGUGCAGAGUGUCCUCGAGGGGGAUGCCCUGGAGAGUCCAGCACCGAGUCCACAGCACACAAGUCACACACUCCAGAAUGACAUGCACUCCCGGCUGGAGAUGUAUGCAUCGCGCCUGGCGCAGGUGGAAUACGGCACAAGGAGCAAUUCCACACCGGAUAGUGAUGAUGAGCAUCAGCUUAUUGCACAGUAUUGUCAAUCAUUGCCCACGAAUGGCCCGAAGUCGCCGGUUCAGGUAAUGGCUGCCAUGGAUGCGGAACAACGGGAGGAACUCGAGGCGAUGAUUCGGGAUCUCGAGGAGGAGAAUGCAUCCCUCCAGGCGGAAUAUGAUCGUCUUCGGUCGAAGCAGACACCCUCCACGACGCCCGAUGACAGCCAAACGGGUGGCUCAAGUGGUGGCCAGGGGCAGGAUAUGAUGGCCGAAGCGAAGCUGCUGCGGCAGCACAAAGGACGCCUCGAGGCACGCAUGCAGAUACUCGAGGAUCACAAUAGACAGCUCGAGGCGCAACUUCAGCGACUCAGGCAAUUGCUAGAUGAACCAAAUGUCUCAAAGGCUUCCACGCUCCAGACACGUUCCGUAACUGCUUCACAGCUAAAUACGGAAUCUCCCGCCAAAAUGCAACAAAAUGGCCACUACGAACAGAAUGCAAACACUAACUCCAUGAACGGCACAGCUGCCUCAUCUGGGGGUGCAAUGAUGUCUGCUGGCGGCAUGAUGGGUGCCAAUGGUGGCCCAACACUGGGUCUCAAUCAUGCCAAUCCCAACGGAGAUGGACGCCCACCGCCGCCGCCGCACACCAGCCUCCUUCACAUGGCGGACGAUUUGGGAAAAGUUGUUCAGGAACUUGUAACGGUGAUUACGGAGCAAGAAAUUGAAGAGCAUCGAGAAAAACAAUAAAAUUCCGAAGAAAAAACUACACCACCAAAUUUUUUUUGUAAAUAUAAAAAUGCUGAAAAUUAUAUCAACAAAAAAAACGCCUCAAAAAUUAUGUUGAUGCUAUGCAAUAUUAAGAAAUCAAGAAUUUUAUACAUAAAAUAAAAAAAAUUAUCACUGUGACAAAUAUCUGCAUGAGCUACAUAAAAUUUUAGAAAAAAAAACUUGAAACUAUCUAGAGAAAAAUCUACAGAGAGAAGAAAAUCUAAUGGACCCAACAACUUAUGCAACUUAUAUUGAAAAAAAAUUUAUACAACUCUUAUAAAAAACAAACAUUUCUAUCGUUAGAAUUAUUCCGUGGAAAGUGUAGGUGGAAGAAGAAAUAUCGUUAGAAAAAAUGAAAAGAAAAAAGAAACUUAUCACUAGACGAGUAUACUCUAGCUAGAGGAAGAAAAAAACCAUACAUUUCAAAUCUCCAUUUCAGAGCUAUUAAAAAAAACUCAGAAAACUCUUUUUAAAAACAUAUCCUACUGCAAAAAAAUUAAAGAAACUAAAAACAAACAAAUCAUAGAACAACGCGUAUCAUCAAGUCUCUUUUAGGGCAGAAAAAUAAACGAAAAUAACGAAUUUAAAAAGUUUAAAAGAAAAAAAAACUAAUAAUUCACAUUUUCCAAGUCUUUUAUGGAGGGAAUUUAAAAAUGAAAAAAAAGUUCUUAACUCGCUAGAAAAACUAAAAAAAAAAACUACGCUCUGUAACAAUAAGUAACCAAAAAAAAAUAAUGAAAAAGAAAAAUCUUUAACUGAUUUUUUAACUAUUGUGCAUUGUAAUAUUUAACACUGUAAUUUUAAUUUUCGAAAAAAUUAACUUUAAAUGAAAAACAAGAACUAAAGUAAAUUAAAUGUAGAAUCGACAUAUCGAGUUGCUAUUAAAACAAACAAAAAAAAACAUUCUGCGAUGGUAUUUGAAAAGGAAAGCAAAAAAUCAGGAUUAUUAUUGAAAGGAAAAUAAAGGAAAGUUAAACCACAGAGGAUUAAAAGAAAACUAACUUAUACGACUUAAAGGAAACGCUUAGAAAACAUAUUUCGUUGCAGGAGUUUUUUUUUUGUAGAAAAUAAGACGAUAACAAUUUAAAAAAAGAAAAUCAAUCUUAGGACAUUUUACAAUAUUAAAUAAAAAAAUGAAUAAAUAAAAUGGACGAUAGGAUCAUAAAAAAAUGAAGAAAAAUAAAAACUAGGUGCAUGAAACUUA